CCAGGAUAGCCGAGUGGAACAAACAUCGAACCGAUUGUCCAACACGUGAACCAUCUUGGUUAAAAGUACUGACUGCCAGAAAGAAACACCAUAGAACAUCCUGGCAUUGCUGUACAAUCCAAACCGCCUACCUCCAGCACAGACUAGAACCGCACCGGAGCUUGGUUAGUCCUUCCGUUUACCAGUGAGGCCAGAGAUUACUCCGAACAUCGAUCGCAAACAGUGCUUGAACUUCAUCGCGACUGGUUCUCGAGUCCGAUAGUAGUCGGCCAACGUUUAUCGGCGAUCGUCAAAUAGUGCAGGCCCAAGAACUGAUCCGUGCGGCUAGUUCAGCCCUGUGACUCUCCGCUCUGUGAUUUGUGCCGUUUCGCUAACGGAACCGGGAAAAUUGUUCUCUGGAUAACCGGACAACUGAUCUACUUUUCUCAGUUUGGAAUUUUCCACUUUUGGUCUUCCAUUUCUGCAGUUGACUGACGGACAGCCACAACAAAACCCACCAAUUCGCAAAGCUAGAGGACGCUGAUCGCGGCCACGAGAUGACCGCGUCCUUAGACAACCCGCCCAACUCAGACGGGAAGACGAACGAUGACAGCGUCUACACAGUGUCGGUGACUGGAGCGUACGAGAAUCAGGGUUUCAAACGGGAAGACCCAAACGGCGAUCCCAUCAAACCCCCUAAUCGCAAGCUGACCCUCGAAGAGAUCUCCCAAGGCAAAUUCCAGGUCUCCACCAAGGAGAAAUGGCGGAUACUGAAGAACGUCUCAGCACUCUCCUGCGCCUUCAUGAUCCACUUCACGGCGUUCCAGGGAACGGCCAACUUACAGAGCAGUAUUAACGCCAAGGAUGGACUUGGUACCGUGUCCCUGUGCGCGGUCUACGCAGCCUUGGUCUUGAGUUGUAUAUUUGUGCCAACGUUCCUGAUCAAACGAUUGACGGUCAAAUGGACCUUGUGCUUGUCGAUGUCGACCUACGCCUUCUACAUCGCUGCUCAGUUCGUGCCCAAGUUCUACACGCUGGUGCCGGCCGGUAUACUCCUAGGUAUUGGUGCUGCGCCCAUGUGGGCGUCUAAGGCCACCUAUCUGACUCAGGUUGCUGGGGUGUACGCCAAACUCACGGAUCAGGCAGUGGAUGGCAUCAUUGUACGAUUCUUUGGAUUCUUCUUCCUUGCUUGGCAGACCGCUGAGCUGUGGGGAAACCUUAUUUCAUCAUUAGUUUUGAGUAGUAGCCCUCAUGGUGCUGGCGGUUCCUCUUCGAAUGGCUCAACACUCAACUACUGUGGUGCGGAAUUCUGCGUGACCAACAGUAACACCAAUGACAACUUACAAAGGCCAGCUGACUCUGAAAUACGUCAAAUUAUGACAAUCUACCUAAUAUGUAUAGGGGGUGCUCUUGUUCUUAUUGUUCUGGUCGUGGAUCCAUUGUCUAGGUACGGUGAACGACAACGUAGGCCCAGUACCGUUGAAUUGAGCGGCAUCCAACUUCUGUCAGCUACAGCCUACCAGCUCAAGAAGCCAUACCAACAGCUGCUGAUACCCAUAACGAUAUUCAUCGGUAUGGAGCAGGCGUUCAUCGGUGCGGAUUUCACCCAGGCCUACGUCUCUUGUGCCUUGGGUAUCCCUUCGGUAGGUUACGUCAUGAUCUGUUUCGGCGUUGUCAACGCCAUCUGCAGUUUGCUCUUCGGCUCCGUCAUGAAGUACGUGGGAAGGGCGCCCAUCAUCGGACUCGGUUUCCUCGUGCACACCGGCUUGGUGAUCUGGUUCCUCAUCUGGAAGCCGAAUAUCAACAAUGCCAAGCUCUUCUACAUGGCUUCUGGAUUGUGGGGUGUUGGCGAUGCCGUAUGGCAGACACAGGUUAAUGGUUUGUACGGGACCCUAUUCAGAAGGAACAAAGAGGCAGCUUUCUCAAAUUAUAGGUUAUGGGAGAGCAUGGGCUUCGUCAUAGCCUACGCCUAUUCGACACAUCUAUGCGCAAAAAUGAAACUUUACGCCCUCCUAGGUGUGCUCUGGAUUGGCAUGGUUAUGUACGUAAUGGUAGAAGCUCACCAUAUGCGCAAGGUGCACAGACAGAAGGAGAGGGAGAAGAAGGCAGCGGCUAUAGAGGCAGCUACGAAACAAGUGGUUCAAAAUGAGCCUGAAGAAACUGACGAUGAAAAAGACGAUAUCGAUGACGAUAUUAUUGUAACGCACUUGUAGAAAGAUCUAUAGGAUCUCAAAAUGAAUUCUGAAGAGCAUCGGAACCUACAGAACCUCCAAUGGUGAACUGUCGGAAAGAUGUUCCAACAGUAUUGGCAAGCCCAUUCCGAGGCAAGAGUGAAAUUGUACAUAAAUAUUUCUGUGUUUUCUUUCAUUGUUAUUAUUAGGGAGAUUUAAUACGUAUUUAUGAAUCCUAUUUAAUAUUAUCUCGAACAUAACUGCAGAUCUGUUCAUCGAAAAUUCCAUUCAGACGUAGAGCUAACGGAAGCAACGAAAGGGUCGAAGAAUCUCAGAUAUAAUCUGAUGCCCAAAUAAAACAGAGCCGAAUUAUCAGUACUUGUACUUAAGUAAGAGGAGAUUUUGCAAUCUGAAAAAUUGGAACAAAGUUGAAAAAUUAUAUUUUUUGAGUUGUAUAUGGAUCUUUUGAUACCACGAUAGCCAGUUGGGCUUUGAAAGAACAAUGAUUGAAAAAAAAAAUUUACACUGCAGCUUCGAUAUUGAUUGUUCAAAUAGAGAAUUUGCAGGAUUUGUGGCAUCGACUGUGACUAUCUAACCUAGUUAUAGAAGUUGGCAAAGUGCAUUUUUAUUAUUAUAAGUAAUAAUAUUAAUCCUUUAACUGUAGGUUCAUAAGGUCAUAAACAAUCAAAUGUGAUAUACUUUUAAAAGAAAUAGAUUAAUAUUUGAUUAUUCUGUUCUUCUGUUGCUCUAGUUUUUUCAUGGAUUUGCUCGAAUUUUUAAGUUUUCUUGUUCGCAACAAGUAUUCCGCUUUUUUCGGACAUUCCCACGAAAUAUCCGUGGAUAUUUCGUAUAUGUCAACUUAUAAUACAUUAAUUUCUCUUAUGAUCUUUCCGAAAUGUGCCAUCACUCCAGAUUCAAACAUAUAGUGAAGAGCAAUCGGCUAUAAAUAACAAUAAUACAACAAAAUUUCUUUUACGUCAUUCAGUGGAUAUAUUUUAACACAUUAUGAAAAGUGAGAAUAUCAAACAGGAUCCUUAUUCUGAAGUGAUAUAUCUUGAGAUCGUAAGAUUUUUUCAUAUGAUAUCGUUGAACGUUAUCAUUGUAUAAAGCUUUCUUCAUACAAUGACGUUAUCAAUUCACUUUUGUUUGUUAUUAGUUAAUUUAUAUUAUUUUACUCAUAUGAUAAUUUCUAUGAAACACUGUGUACAGUAAAAAUUAAUUGUAAUUAUUAUAUAAGUGAAUUAGUAGUUAAUAAAUAGACUUAUCUUUCUAAUGAAUUUACCCAGUAUUUGUGUGGUAAUACUGUAGCAAUAAAUGAUUUUAAACCAA